AUGACGUGUAACGUGAACGGAUGUGGAAAUUAUUUGGCAAAAACCAAAAAGAUUGGAGGAAAGAUAAAAUAUUUUUCCUUCCCAAAAGAUCCAGUACUUUCCAAUAAGUGGCAUCAAGCAUGUGGAAAAAAAAAUAUUUCAAAAUAUUCUAGGAUAUGUUCAAAGCAUUUUUCUGAUGCAUGUUUUACAAAGAACUUACAACAACAAUUGCUGGGCUAUUCUCCUUCAAAAACUAGAAAGUUACGUCCUGAUGCUAUCCCAACAUUACAUCUUCGUACAGUAUCGAACGAAGGUUCUUCAACUGCGGUGGUAUUAGACGAAAUAAUGAUUCCGUCAGCAUCGAACGAAGGUUCCUCAACUGCGGUGGAAUUUGACGAAAUAAUGACUCCGUCAGCAUCGAACGAAGGUUCUUCAACUGCGGUGGUUCCUCAACUGCGGUGGAAUUUGACGAAAUAA